UCGCGUGCAGCCUCCUCUAUAAAUACGACCCGGGGUGAAAGUAACAGUGUUGACUUGUUAUCAACACCGCACUGAUAGGACUUUACCUCAGAUACAGCCACAUUAUAAUAAACGCCUAGAACGAACUGCGUUGGUCAGAAAAAGUGCAUGACCGGUGUUUGAAUAUUACUCAAUAGGCUGGACUUUAUUAAACAAUAGUGGGACAUUAAAAAGGAUUUGCUUAAAUUGGCUGGACGAUUGUGGGAUAUUAAAACUUGAAGAUGCCAGCUGAUAUUUUGGAGAAAACAUCCCCAUCCUCUGUCGCAGCCACUCCGUCGAGGGUCAGUGGAACUCCGGAUAAACCAAGGACUGCCUCAGAGCACAGAAAGUCCUCAAAGCCAAUUAUGGAGAAGAGAAGACGUGCGCGAAUCAAUGACAGCCUUGGUCAGCUAAAGACCCUAAUCUUGGAUGCACUAAAAAAAGAUAGCUCGAGACAUUCGAAGCUCGAGAAGGCGGACAUCCUUGAGAUGACUGUGAAGCACCUUAGGAAUAUGCAGCGUCUCCAAAUGACUGCAGCUAUAAGCAGGGAUCCAUCAGUCUUUGGCAAGUACAGAGCGGGAUUCAGCGAAUGCAUGAGUGAAGUCACCCGUUUUAUGUCCACGUGUGGAGGGGUGAACACGGAGAUCAGGUCUCGACUUCUCAGCCACUUAGCCGGCUGUGUGUCACAGAUAAACACCGUAAACUUCUCAACUCAAUGCCAGAUCCCCACCUACCCUCCGCAUCCAUUGCUUGCCCAAGCCAUUGCGCAAAUCCCAAGUGCAUCUCCUCAGUUAAAUGGAAUAAUGCCUUGCAAAAGUGGCUCGCCUAUCAACCUCACAUCAGAAAUGGCUAAAUUAUACAGUGGACUUCAGAUUGUGCCGGCGGCGACAGAUGGACAAUUCGCUAUUCUGAUUCCAAGCGUGGCUCUUACGCAUACGAGUGCGCCAAACGCGAUACAUGGCAAUCCAGCACUUGCGGUGCCUGUGUCCCUUGUUGCGCCUCCCGUCACCGCAGACUCCGUGUGGAGACCAUGGUAGUGUCACUCUGCGUGCAUUAAGGACUUUUACGCACGAUGACGCAUUUUUUUUUUUUACGGGAAGUAUUCCGUCAGAUAUGACUUUUUAAAAAUAUUUUCGUAUAGGCUGUUCAAAGCAAGACUCAAAAGUGAUGUUUACGCACAUGUUGUUAUUCUUUGAUGGCGGAUACAGUUCACCCGUUCCAUUAUUAUUAUUUUAUAUUUGUAUGUCAGUGAUGUCAUGAAUAUGUGUUAUUGUUGUGAUGCUAAAUGGAAAAUCAAUAGAUUCUUUAAAUGAAAUUGAAAUGUUUAACACCUCCAACUGGUCAUAUCUUACUUACAUUACAUUAAAAUAAUUGUCU